AUGGCAGAGGAUCAAGAUGCAAAAGACCACGCGCACUUCAUGCAACUCGCUCUCUCCGAAGCACGGAAGAGUCCACCCAAACCGACCAACUUUUGCGUAGGAGCAUGCCUGGUGGCAGCUGGAUCACCACCGACUCUACUCGAAACCGGCUAUACGCUCGAAUGGGAGGGCAACACACAUGCCGAACAAUGUUGCUUCAUCAAACAGGCUCGGUUGCACGGGUGCAGCGAGGAGGAGCUCGGCGAGCACCUACCGCUGGACACAGUAUUGUAUACCACGAUGGAGCCUUGUAACAAACGGUCUGUAGGCAAUCUACCGUGCGUGGAUCGCAUCCUGCAAUUGAGACGGAAGAACGGAAGUCAAGCGAUUUCGACCGUCUAUGUCGGAGUUGGCGAGCCGGAAACGUUCGUCGGAGUGAAUGAGGGUCGCAAGAAGCUCGAAGAUUCGGGCAUUCGCGUAAUCCACGUUCCGGGAUUCGAAGAUGCGAUGCUGCGAGUGGCGACCGCUGGACACCCAAAGGGCGAGCUUUGA